GCGGAGGAGCUCAGUCCGGUGUGUUAUAUAACCCCGGUGUAGUGACGCGCUCUGAAUCCCCGGUACAUUAGCGACAGUAAGACCCAGUGGAAGCCCAGCGCCUGCGCCCCUCACGCCGUGGGAGAGACGCGCUGCCGCGGCUGCUGAGCUUUGCGGGGAAGGUCUGUGGAUCCUCGCAGGAGCUCACAGAGACGCACAUUUCUCUGCAGCCACUGCGUGCGCUUUUGCACCGAACCCCUUUUCAGGGCAGUUUUUUCCCGAGCCGCUGCGGGUGCUGUGUGUUCGGUGUGAACCGCAGCACCGGGGACGGGAAGCGACUCCGGCCGGUGCCAGCGACACUGAAGCGGGGGAGAUCACACCGCACGUGAGGGACCGAUCGCAGGCUCACUGCGUCUGAGAUGCUCAAAGUGAGUAUGAUCAGCUCCAGGCCAGGCACAGCUCCGGAAUACUGGAUUGAUGGCUCGAAGAAAGAGACGCUGGAGGACUUCUACGAGCUGGAGUCGGAACUGGGACGGGGAGCCACGUCGGUGGUGUUUCGAUGUCGGCAAAAAGGCACCCAGAAACCAUACGCCGUGAAGAAGCUGAAGAAAACAGUUGACAAGAAGAUUGUACGAACAGAGAUCGGAGUCCUGCUGCGUCUCUCUCAUCCAAACAUAAUCAAGCUGAAGGAGAUCUUUGAGACGCCAUCAGAGAUCAGUCUCGUCCUGGAGCUUGUCACCGGAGGAGAGUUAUUCGACAGAGUGGUGGAGAAAGGCUACUACAGCGAGCGAGAUGCAGCAGACGCCAUCAAACAGGUGCUGGAGGCCGUCGCGUACCUGCAUGAAAACGGUGUCGUGCACCGCGACCUGAAACCCGAGAACCUUCUGUACGCCACUUCAGCACCAGAUGCUCCACUCAAAAUAGCUGAUUUCGGGCUGUCGAAAAUCAUCGAUGACCAGGUGACAAUGAAGACAGUGUGCGGAACUCCGGGAUAUUGUGCUCCAGAGAUUCUCCGAGGUUGUGCUUACGGGUCUGAAGUUGACAUGUGGUCAGUAGGAGUUAUCACAUACAUCCUACUGUGUGGUUUUGAGCCUUUUUUUGAUGACAGAGGCGAUCAAUACAUGUUCAAGCGCAUCCUGAACUGUGAAUAUGAGUUUGUCUCCCCCUGGUGGGACAACGUGUCUCUGAACGCUAAAGACCUUGUAAAGAAGUUGAUCGUGAAGGUCAAGAAGCGUCUGACGACACAGCAGGCCCUGCAGCACCCGUGGGUGACCGGGAAAGCAGCUAACUUCACCCACAUGGACACGGCUCAGAAAAAGCUCCAGGAGUUCAACGCCAGAAGAAAGCUCAAGGCUGCCGUUAAAGCGGUGGUGGCAUCGACGCGCCUGGGAAGCGCCAGCAGCCACAGCAACUCUGACACGAGCAAGGCGAACUCUCAUCCCGCUGAGCAGAAGGACGUGGACGACGAGCAGCCGGCAAAAGACGUCCAAAAACUAGAAGACUCGUAGGGCUGCUAGGAUUCGCCGGGGAACGUGUUCAUAAAAUAAAAUACUUUUUUUCCUCACAGGUUUGACCUGAGAGCGAGGGGUCCUGACAGGGUCAUGACAGGAUUGAGAGAGAUUUGGGUGUGGGUGACAUGCAUGUGAUUGAUUUAGGCUAUGAUAGCAAAACACACACACACACACACACACACACACACACACACAUCAUGCCAUUUAAAUACAAGGCAUCUUGAUAUCUGUAUUAUGUAUUUGAAACCUGUAUAUAAACCAAGUGCAGGUGAACUGAACAUGUUCCCAUUAACAGAUAUUGGCUGAUCAGUUUGUCUCAUAUACAGGAAAUGACCAACUGAACCAUCAAAUUCAAGACUUUUUUGAUGAGUAUGACAUGAAAAGCCACAGGGAGUAGCUUAAUUACAAAUAUUCAGAUUAGACAGAUUUCUUUAAAAGCAUACAAUUUACACUCAAUAACUAAUACCACAUAAAUCCCCGAGCUGCGGAUGUCACAUUAUCAACUUUUUUUUUUUUUUUCCUAAACAGUGUUGCUUUACAUCCGAACAGUUUUACCGAUAUUAAAAGGGCUCAGAAUUUCGUUCGUGUUGUCGGAGGACGGAAAAUUGACGGGCUUGUUUUCUACUUUUUUAAAAAUCAAGACCAAGUGAAUGAUGCAUGGUUUCAAAAAUAUAAAAAUCUGUAAAAAAAAAAAAAAACAAGAACA